AAAUAGUUAAUUUAUUUUUAUUUUUAUUACAAAAGUAAAAUAGAAUAGAGUUCAGUCAGUUUUCGUCUAUCAAGUUUAUUUUAUUCAUUUAAAAAGUUAGUUUUAAAGUUAACUAAUCAAUACAAAAAAUAAGAGAAAGAGCAACAAUAUAUGAGAUAUAUAGAAUUCUUUUUCUUAUAUAAAAUACAAAAAAAACCAACAAGAUUUUCCUUUAAUUAAAGAUGAAAAGAGCACGAAAAUCUGAUGAACCUGCGAUUGUUCGUACAACUGGACGAAUAAAGAAAGCAAAAGUCGUAUUUGAUCCAUCGGAUAACAAUCUGCCCAAACACCUUCGCAAUUCAGCUGGUUCUGUACAAAGCAGUCAACAACAAUCAUCCGACCAUGCCAGCGACACUUCGAAUGAACGAAAGAUUAAGGAAGAAAAGCCGCCACGUAUUAAUUCGAUGAGUGCUUACGAUGAAACAUGUUGCUAUAUAUGCGGCAGAAGGGAAUUGAAGAAAAACAAAAAUAAAUUGAUCUCCUGCAAAGACUGUGACCACAAAGCUCAUAUCUCAUGCCUUCAUCUGGACUUUGAAGAUCAUGUCAAGCUGCGUGAAAAUUAUCGCUGUGAUGUCUGCCAAAUUUGUUCAUCCUGCUAUGAAGGCCCUGAAGAUGGUGAGCUCAUAACAUGCACAAAAUGUGUCAAGUCGUUUCAUUUUUCAUGCCAUAUACCAAGUAUGGCACGAUUCCCGGCACAAACUAAAUGGCUUUGUUCGAAAUGUACAAUACCCAAAGCAAAAUCUUUGCUAAAAGUUUUGGACGUUAAAGCUGCAUCACCGCCACAACCACCUACAUCGACACAACCAUCAAAACCGUUGUCAUCAUCAGAUGUAGACAAGAAGCCAGUUAUUGCAGUUGAAGCUAUAACCAAUAAUCAUAAGAAAGAAAUGGACAAUAAACAGUCUUCUCUAAGUCCGAAGUCAAAUCUUUCUACAACACCCAGUUCAAUUUUGCAGCCUUCAACGAAUUCGAUUUCAACAGAAGCGAAUACUCAGGAAAUGUCUGAUAUUCCGAUUGUUAAAAAUUGGUCGGCAAGCCAAGUGACUGAAUACUUUACAAAAUUCUUUCCCAAUGAGGCAGAUAUAUUCAAUGAUCAAGAUAUCGAUGGACAAUCGUUGUUGCUUCUUAAACGCUCAGAUGUUGUAAAUAGAUUGGCCAUUAAAUUGGGUCCAGCGUUGAGGAUUUAUAAUCUUGUUUUAAAAAUACAAUCUGUGUCGAGUGAUCCAACCAUAGGCUGGUAGUUCUAUUUUUUUUUUAAAUUAAUUUGAUUUUUUUAAGUAUUGAUUUUUACCUAAAACCAUAAACAUUUUAUGCAAUCAAAUAAUUGUUCAUCAUAACAUUAAUGUUUCCUUAUGAUUUUUUUUUUUUUUUCAAAUAGAUCUUCCACAUUUUGAGUUAAUUAUCAAUUUUUUUUUAUCAAUAAUUUAAAAAAAACUGCAAAAGUUGGAUUCUUUGAAUUAAAUUCAUACAAAAUAAAUGUAUAUUAAAAUUCAAUAAAAAAAACAAUGUAUUUUAUUAUGAUUUAAUGAAUUAAAUAGAUGUUUACAUUCGAAAUGUAAUAUAAUAAAAUCUUUCGAUAUUAAAUAAAGCCAAUUUUGAAAUA